AUGGGUGUCUUGAGCUGCAUGAAGUACCUGAUGUUCAUCUUCAACGUGCUGGUGUUUGCUGGGGGAAUGUGCCUGGCAGGCAUGGGAGUCUGGGUGGCCGUGGACCCGGCUGGUUUCCAGGACAUCGUGGCCACCAGGGCCGUGCUGAGCGCAGGAGCGUGGCUGCUGCUGGUCGUGGGCAUCGCUCUGUCCCUGCUGGGCUUCCUGGGCUGCUGCGGGGCCCUGCGCCGGAGCCGCCCGCUCCUGCUGCUGUUCUUCAUCCUCGUCAGCCUCGUCUUCCUCAUGCAGCUCAUUGGGGCCGUUCUCUUCCUGGUGCACUGGAAACAGGUCCAGCCCGAGCACUUCCUGUUUGAGCUGCAGAGGAACUAUGGUGGGGACGAGGGUGCUGAGGUGUUCUCCACAGCCUGGAACACCCUCAUGGUCACGUUCUCGUGCUGUGGUGUUUUAGGACCCGAAGAUUUUGGGAACGGCUCCCGCUUCCAAGAGCUGCACCCAGGGAUGCCAUGGCCACGGGCAUGCUGUGCCCGGGAUGGGCUUCUGCAGGUGGGAGAACUCCUGGGCUGGGAGCAGUGCCAGGAGAGAAGCCCUGGCUACAUCCAUGAGCAGAUCUUUGCCAUGUUCUUCGCCUUCUGCCUUUACUACAACUUCGACUGA